UGUGCCUGUCUGUCUGUCUGCCUGUCUGUCUGUCCGCCUGUCUGCCUGUCUGUCUGUGCUGUUGUCACCUUCCCACAAUGCAACGCGCAGCUGUCAUGGCUGCCCGCUGACGGACGGCUCACGCUACACAUGCAUUGCAGCAAUUAAAUGGUGUUGCGAGUGAGAGCAGAUCAGGAAGUUGUGGCUGUGAAAAUGUCGCUCGAUGUGGAGCUCGCCAUCCUCAGAGGCUUUCUAACACCCUGUGAGGAGACGGCAUGGAAACAGGACAUCUACAGCAUCCCAGAGCUAGGCUCUUUGUUGGAGUCCUUGAUGAAUGGGGACUUUGAGGCAGUUUUGAGAAGCCCUCAGGUGCUGGCCCUGCUUACUGGUGAUGGCAGCUGUCACGAGGGCGAGAGCAUUGAGGCCUAUUUAGAGAGACGCGUCCUCUCGUACCUGAGCGCAGAUGGGGAUCAAACCGGCAGCCCCAGAGAACUGCUGGUGAUGACGGUGGCAGUGUCUUGCCUCCACAUGUUUGUCCAAAGCAACUGGACCGGUCCUCCACUCUCCAUUCCUGUCUCUGACCUUCUGCCUCCGGCCUUGCUCUCUCCUCAGCCUCAGUCCACGGUAGAAGCUAUCCACGCUUUCCUGCUCCUGGAUGGGGAGUCUGUGUACAGCCUGGUGGCCAACCCAUUCCUCCUCCUGCUGGCGAGGGUCAUUCUCACCAAAUGCUGUUCCAAGAUGGAACAACUUCAGCUUCUCUCCUGGUGGACUCUACGCUACAUCAACCUCCACCAACAAAUCCUGGAGGCAUGUUCUCAGAAGCUCCUCCACUUGUCUCUCAUGAGCAUAGAAAAAGUGCUGAAAUGCGAGUCUCUGUUCACCGAGCAGAGAAAGCUGGCAAUCCAGUUCCACUUGGAGUGUGUUUAUUGUAGUCUGACCUACUUUGAAUACCAGGCUGCCAAGGAACACAUUAAGAAAGCCCAGGAGCUCUCAAUGCUUGAUAUCAACACGACCGGUGCCUUGGGAAAACGUACCUAUUUCCAGCAAAAGUAUUUGGCUCAGCUCAUCCUUGAGGUAAAGAGAAAGGAGAAUCAGGAUCAAUGUGUUGCAAGUCCCUCACCAACGCCACAAGCCCUACUGCCCAAGGAUUGCAAUCUCGGGGAUGACACCGUGUUGGACAAGAUUCAUUUAGCAGAGCCAGAGCAGUACGAGGUGCCGGAACUCACUGCCGAGGAGCAGGCAGUCAUCCUGGGAAUCUGUACAGAUUUUCACAAGAAUAAUCCUGUGCACAAACUGACGCAAGAGGAACUUCUGGCUUUCACAUCAUUUUUGCUGUCUCAGCCCAAGUUCUGGGCUGUGGAGGUGACUGCACUUUGCCUCCGGACCAAACUGGAAAAAGGGAGUUCCCGACGUAUUGAGAGAGCCAUGAUGCAAACUCAGGCAAUAGUAGACCAUUUUGAAGACAAGAACUGUCCCGCGAUUGAACGUCUGAAGAUAUUUUACUGCUGCCGUGCUCCGACCAGAUGGGUUGUCCAGAAACAGUUGGCGACGCUUCUGACAGAGCUGGCCUGCGUCAGUUCAGCGCUACUCAUUUAUGAAAAGCUCCAGCUAUGGGAAGAUGUUAUCAUAUGCUACGAGAGACUCGGGCAGCACGGCAAGGCCGAAGAGAUUGUCCGCAGGGAGUUGGAGAAAAAGGAGACGCCGAGUCUGUACUGCCUGCUAGGGGACAUCUUAAGAGAGCAUCGGUACUACGAGCGAGCUUGGGAGCUAUCGGGACAUGGCAGCGCCAGAGCCAUGCGCUCCAAAGCCUUGCUCCAUCUCCGCAACAAGGAGUUCCAGCAGUGUGUGGACUGCUUCGAACACUCGCUCAAAAUCAACUCCCUGCAGCUCGGUGUGUGGUUUUCCCUGGGUUGUGCCUACUUGGCCUUGGAGGGCUACGAGGGAGCGGCCAAGGCUUUCCAAAGAUGUGUGGGACUGGAGCCAGAUAAUGCAGAAGCAUGGAACAACCUCUCGACAGCGUACAUUCGCCUAGGAAAUAAAAACCGAGCCUUUCGUACCCUCCAGGAAGCCCUUAAAUGUAACUACGAACACUGGCAGAUUUGGGAAAAUCUCAUUGUUGUCAGUGUCGACAUCGGUGCCUUCGCUGAAGCCAUCCAUGCCUACCAUCGUCUGAUGGAUCUGAGAGACAAAUACAAGGACGUCCAGAUUGUUAAGAUCCUAGUUCGAGCCGUGGUUGAAAAGUUGUCCGACAGCCAGGGUGAGCCGGCGGCAUCUUUGCGGUCCAAACUAAAGGAACUGAUGGGUCGGAUCAGCGCCCGCCACAGCAACGAUCCCGAAAUAUGGCAGCAGUACGCUGUGCUGUAUGGGGGUGGCCACAGCUGCAGUGCAGAAGAAAAUGAAAAGGCACUGCACUUUUUGGCCAAGGCCCAUCGCUGUGAGCUUCAAGCCGGCGGCUGGGAAAAGGAGCCCCGUCUUUUUAAGGAAGUGAUCAAAAGAGCCGUCGAUAUGGCUGAAGUAAGCAUCGGUUGCAGUAAGAAGAAAAGGAAUCCUGCAGAAGCUCUUCCAAUGCUCUCUUCAACCCGCCUCAGCCUGAAGGGCUUGGCCAGCAAAGCCAAGCAAAUGCACACUGAUGCGGCUUCAGGUGAGAUCUGUGCCGAGCUACGAGAUGAUGUCGCUCUUCUGGAGCAUCUGCUUACACAGCUGCAGGCGCUGUGCGGAGAACUUCGUGGCCAAUCAUCGUGAAGACCCAUUCAAAGGAGUCGCUUUGCGCUUCUUUUUUUUUUUUUUUUUAAGUCUUAGAUAUGAAUACUCUUU